CUAGCUGUGAAAGAGCAAGGCAGCAUUUUCCGGUCUCUGCAAAGUAGUGGCGUGACAUGGCAGUAAAACGCCACACAUUUACGUAAUAUACCUGUACCGUACACCUGCCACAAUGCAACGCCACGUAUAGCCAACUGCAUUAUAUAGUAUUGGUAGAUUGGCGAAUCGUUCCCUUCAUCUUAGCAUAACAGUCUGACGGAUUUAGGCGUUUUGUUGUGCAGUUGUGCGAAGAUGGCGUUCAGUCCGUUGGAAAAUUUCCGCAAUUUCUUGUCAGCUCGUCCUCCUUUGGUUCUAUUUGUCGUGUGUAUUGGAAUGACAGCUAUUGCAUUCAUUUCUUACGCAUAUUACAUAAAAUAUAAUGAUGUGUAUAAUCCAGAUGCAAAUGAGAGAUUGAACGCAUUUGUGGAAAAUGCAACAAAUCUCAAUCUUUGCACAAAAUUAAGCAACAAAAGUUGGACAACUCAUAACUCAGAAAAUCCUCGAGAUGUCAACUUAAGUCAAAUUUUAUUGAAUGACAACAACAUGGAAGAGACUGAUCUCAGAAAAUAUAAAACUGUCUCUUUCUUGGUCACUGUCAGUGUCAGUUUUCUACCAAAAAGCGAUUCAUUUCCUCGGCCCAUUACAGACUUUGUUUCGAGCUUUCCGGUUUCUGUGCUUGGAAUAUCAGGAAAAGAUGAAAACAAAACAGUUGCCAUGGAAUUUGUACCUAGAACACCCACAAACUUGAAAUGUGCGGACAAUAAGAAAGUAUGUCUCGUGGAAUAUGAAAUGUGUGCAACCAUAAUGGCACCUGAAGACAUUGUUCCAUGUGCAAGGCAACAAACAAAUAAAUGUUCUUUCGAGAGAGACAAUUCAACAAGUGCAUUCAUAGCAUGGCUGGACGUCACUACACCUUCUAAGAAUGAAAAAGAUCAUUCUCUCUCUCAGUGCAAAUCAAACAUUUUAUUAAAAGCUACAAAAGUCAGAGAGCAACUGACUAUUAUGCUGACGUUGGAGAAGCGUUCAGUUGCGAAUAUGCAUCUUAUGCACAGCAGUUAUUUCCUAUUUGUUAUUAUUAUAACAAUACUAUUAUUUGGAAUAAUAACUGGAGGAGAAAGGAAACAUUCGAGGAAUCAAAAUAAUCAUUAUUCUAUGAUGAACUCUGGGAGUGCAUGAACACAGAUUAUCACUGGGAAUUCACUUCCAAUGAAGAUUGCACAAAUCAAUGCAUAAACGAUGCUGGUUCAUGGUCGUGCUUUGACCAGAGAUAAAAAAUGUCUCGAAAUCGGCUUGCCCGUUUGAUGUUGAUUAGUUUUAUCAUAUAUUUUUGAAUUUUCUAUUUCGAUUAAAUCAUGAAAAACCUGAUUUUAUAGAAAAUUGCUACAAAACUCUAUGACUGGCCAUUUUAUGGAAAUGUUACUGGCUGAGAGAGAAGUUUUACAUACAGAUCAGGAACGUAGCCGUUAAGAGUCGCAACCCUCCUUCUGAAAUGCUAUAGCUUGAAACACAGUUUAAACCUUUAAAACUCAUAAAAACCCACAUUGUCCAGCCAGCUCUCACGGUGUUACUUGGCAAUAAGAAAUUUCAGAACCCCUCCCCCCCCGCCCUGAAAAUCUUGGCUAUGCCACUGGAACAGAUGCUCGCAAAGUUUGUACGUUUGUGAAAGUCCGUUCAAUAACAAAUAGUUUGGAAUCGUAAUUAUUUCCCAUUGGAAUUUGUAAAUCCGUUCCAUUUCGUCUGAACAGACAGUCGCUGAUGUAUAGGUAUCUAUUAUUAGUUACCGUUAAAAUUUGGUUGUAGCGAGUAAAAAAAUUUCUCUGAAUGGUGUAUGCCAGGGGUAUGCAACAUUUUUUGUCGGUGGGCCAUAUAUAUAGCCAACUUAGAUAACUAGCUGUGCCACACAAAAAUGUGGCUAUCACUUAUCCUUACAGUACUAAAGGCACUGGGCAAAACGGGGAAAAAUUUAGCACAGCGACAAGCAGAAAUCGUUAUGUAUUUUUACCCAUAUGAGUGCCUUUUUAAUUAAACAUCAACUGUAGGAUUAUGAUUCUAUGCUUGAUAAUAAAAAAUCUGCUCGUUGACAAAGGCCACACUCAAUGACUUGGUGGGUCAUGUUUUACCUGGCUCUUUAUUUUAUUAUUUUGUGAUUCUUUCUGUGUAACUGAGUCAUUGCCACGUUUCAUAUUUCACUAGCGUCUUGCUUGGCAAAAUUUAUCUGUUGUAUCACUGAAUUUCCAGGCAGAGGUUCCUAAAGUCACAAGGAAUAAUAGGUAAUAACCCAGCCCUCUAUUUUAUUAUUUUGUGUAUCUUUUUGUGUAACUGAGUCAUUGCCACAUUUCUAAUGUGACCGGAGUAUUGCUUUGGUGAAAUUUGUCUUCGGUUUCCAAACUCACAGCGAAUUGGGUUAACUUGAUUGUCAUUUAUAUUAUAUGUGCAUUUGUUUGAUCAUUUUAGAGAACAUGAACUGAAUGUUGAUAUAGCCUGUCAUACUUCUCUCAUUAGAUUUGAUCAUUUCAUGUCAGUUUCAAAAAUCUCAACCAAAGAGAAGUGAUUUUCUAUAAAUCGAUACAUA